AUGAAAUUGGCAUUUUCGUUAUUAUUUGUAGUUUUAAUCAGUGUUCUUGGUUUACAGGCAAAGAAUUUACCUGAAGGAACGACCAAUACCACAGUUCAUGCUGGUCAAUGUCCAACGCCGCCAUUUCAUAUACAUUGUCGUCGUAUGGUUUGUUUGCCUCAAAUGAUUGAAAAACUAUGUAAUGAUGAUUCAACAUGUCGCACGAGUGAAAAGUGCUGUCACAAAAUGUGUUCCUGCACAACAAAAUGUUUGGAAGCUGUUAACGUUUAA